AUGUCUUAUAUCUCUGCAAUUAUGAGGGCAAAUUAUGAUGGACUCAGCAUGAUACUUUUAUCAAAGAUAGCUUGCCAGGCAAGUGAAUAUGAUUCCUCGUCUGAUCAUUUUGAAUCUGUUGAACCAGCCAUUAACAUACCCCUUUCUUACCAAAAUAAUAAUAUCAAUGAAAUCUUACCAGCAGCUCAAAAUAUAUCUAAUGAUGAAUCUUUUGAAAUAACUUUGGACGAAAUAUACGUAAUUCCCGACACUGAACUCAGUAUAGCAAAUGUUAUAAUAGAUCAUGAAAGUAAUAUCUCAACCAUAAUAGAUAGUGAUAAAAAUGCUAAAAUUCCCGAAACAGCAAAUGCUGAAUCUAGACCUUCUCGAAAACGGAAGAAAAACCAAGCAGAAUGGGCAAAAAAUGUACGAAAAAGGAGACGACAAUCAGGAAAAGAAUAUACGGACUCAAACGGAACCCUACAGCGAAAAAGAUCACUGAAAUAUGACACAAAUCAUACAUGUAGAUUCAAAUGUUGUGAACAUUUCUCAUAUGAUGGUUGUCUACAAAUCUACACGGAGUUUUGGACUCUUAACGACUCCCAGAAAAAGAUUUUCUAUAGCCAAACUACAAGUAAAGAACGUAAGGCAAGAACUAGAUUGCCUAAUACUGAAUUUACUAGUAGAAAGCAGUUUACAUAUAAAUAUCAUUUGAAAAAAAGUGAUGAAAAUAUACGUGUGUGCAAACAGUUUUACUUAAAUACUCUGGAUAUAAGCCAGACACGAAUCUAA